CAAAUCAUCAUUCAGUUUAUUUUGACUAAUCGAAUAAUAACAACAUGAAAUUCUUCAUUGUUUUCGCUGCUCUCUUCGCCGUAGCUUUGGCUGCUCCCGCUGAACACCAUGCUGAAGUCUUGAAACAAGAAUCCGAAGUUGAACCUGAGGGCUUCCACUACGUUUCCGAACUCUCUGACGGCACCUACGAGACCGCCGAAGGUAAAUUGAAGGAUGUCGGUACUGAUCACGAAGCCAUCGUUGUUCACGGUUCUUACUCCUGGGUUGAUGAGAAGACUGGCGAAAAAUUCACCGUCAACUAUGUUGCUGAUGAAAACGGUUUCCAACCCGAAGGUGCUCAUUUGCCCAAACCCCAACAAUAAGUGUUUAACAGACACUAAGGUGGAAUACUUGUUGAAUUGUUGUUAAAUAAUUUGAUAGAUUUUUGAAAAAAUAAAUGAAAUAGCAUAAUUAAAUCGUAUAAAA